AUGGAUGCUGUCCGAGCCAACCUCGGAGGAUUCCAGGUCAAAGUUUGUGGAGCAAUUCAGUACUUGAAUCUAUUUGGAGUUGCUAUUGGUUACACGAUUGCGUCUUCUAUAAGUAUGAAGGCUAUCAAAAGGUCUAAUUGCCUUGGAAUUGCAAAAGUUGCAGAAACCGGGAUAAUAAAGGGAAGUCUAACUGGAAUAAGCAUAGGCACAGUGACUGAAAUGGAAAAGAUAUGGUUAAGUUUUCAAGCACUUGGAGCAGUAGCUUUUGCCUAUUCUUACUCCCUUAUCCUAAUUGAAAUUCAGGAUACAAUAAACAUUUGGUGA